GGAGGAUUGAACCUGCUGAGGUAGAAGAAAUAGCGGAGAUUUGGGGAGUGUGAUCGUGUAUUACGAUGUAUACCAAUGGAGGUAACAACGGUGGUAACAUGAAUACAGGCGGGAUGGGUGGGAACAACAACAACGGGAAUUGGGGAGGCAGACAAGGUGGGCCAGUAUGCUAUGAAUGUGGGAAGACUGGGCACAUAGCCCGCGACUGCUGGGCAAAACGGGGGAAACCGGUACAGCACGAGGACGAGAUACAUAUCUACGAAAAUGGGAAGAGGAGGCAGAACGACAACGGACGAAAGAAGAGAAGGAGAGAAAACGAGAACUGGAUAUGGCUCGGAGGACAGAGGAGAUCAGGAUGCAACUACAGGCAGAGAUUGCGGAGAAAUGGAGAAGACAACAAGAGGAGGUUGCAGAGAAGGUGAAAUGUGCUAGCCCGAAGAUCUCACCGGACAGCAAGACAACAAUGAAGACGAAGGAGAGGAAGAAGAAGACGAAGAAGUCUACGAAGAAGCAGAAAGGGAAGAAGAGGAUUCUGGUGUCUUCUUCGAGCUCUCGUCAGGAUCAGGAGAAGAGAGUAGCGAACCAACAUCUGAGGACUCGUCAGACACAGAAGGAGAGGCACUACGCUUAAUCGAAGUCACUAGGCAAGUCGCCACAACUCUAUCGAUGGAUGAGGCAGUUCGGGAUCAACAAUUUUGUGAUCAUACCGACCAAACAUACAACCGAAGCGGAUGACUACGUGUUCGAGCGACAUCUGAUUCGCGACCUUUCACCAAGCCUCAAUACGCUUGGGACAAGAACACGGGAGGCACGGAGAUCACGACGACGGAAGGGCAGGCGAGAGAGGAAGAACCGAGGUGAUAAGAAGGGAGGGAGAAGAGUGGUCACAUUUGUCACUAACGACGGACCACGGACAUCGUUACUAAACUGGUUAGACGAGGUGCAAGAGAGGAAGAUAGGACAGUGCGAAGUGGACAUCGUGGCGGGGACGAGUUGGGCUGAUGAUUGGAAGAUGAUCGUCUCAAAGUACAGUGAGACCAGGGUACGACUGCAAGGACGGAUCAAUUUGCUCAAGAAUGCGAAGAAUUCAUGCCAGCUUGGGGGAAAGUGCGUUUUUAUGAAGUUAGUGAGGACCACGACGAGCACAGAGAGAAACAAGAUCAUGCUGAGACGACUGCUGAACCAACCACGGAUGGCGACUUCACUGGUCAGAUACAACACCAGGAAACUCGUGGGGCUGUACAGGGCAGCGGGGAUGUUUGCAAAGAAAGAAACGAGGGACAGACUAAAGGUGAAGUUAGAUCGGGCACUGAGAAAGAAGACUGGAGUAAGUGUGCGGCGGAAGCUAACAGUCAAGUAUCCAUACUGUAACACAGUACUCAAGUCUGAGGUCAGAAGGCGUGUGGAAGAGAUCAUUGAUGCGAGAGUUGCUGACGUUGCGGUUGCCACGUUUGUGAAGCGGAAAGUCAGGAUUGUUAAUACGAAGAACCAGACUGUGGCGGAAAUCAUCCAUACGCAUAGGAAGUACGCACACACACUUCCUCUGAGCUGCACAUGUGCGAACCAUGGUUUGGAAAAACAUGACGGGCAUGUAAUGACAAGAUUCGCGGAUAUGCCGCAAGUUUCGGUGUUCCUCAAGAAUUCGAGAAACAUAACGGUUUGUGGGAAACCGAAGAUUAAGGAGGAAUUAACCAACGGGUUAAUGACAACAACUAGAUAUUUGAAGCAUGGGACUGAGACACCGGUGGAUGUUGCACGAUGCUUCAUGGCUAGCACGACCAAGAGGACGGCGUGGACCGACUAUGAGGUUAGGAGUUGGGCAUCACAGUAUGACGGACUCGUGCUCGCUCCAAUAGAUAGAAACAUUGGAGAUACAGCGGUAGUGUGUCCGAUACUGUAUAGACAUGGCUUUGGGAGCAUGUUCACGUGGAAUUCUGAUUACAGGAGGAUUGAUAGUACGGAGGAAGAAGUUUUGCAAGAUGCGAAGAGGGAUUAUGAGAUAGCAGAUUUGGGAAAGAUUGGAAAGUGGAGGACAAAAGGACGACUCGGGAGGGCAUAUAUUAUCCCGAAAGACAAAGAUUUAUGCAAAUGGAGACCUAUCGCACCAGCAUGCAGUGACCUGACCAUACUGGGACAACGCCGGUGUGCUAGGGCACUGUACUGCUUUGUUUCCAGAUACGAGCGAUGUUCGAAUUUUCAUCUGAACUCGACGUAUACUCUGAGACAAGAAUUGGUGAGUGUAGGGGACAAGCUGAGGACGUGCGAGGCUGGAGGAGCUGGGCCCAGCAACAUGCCGACAGCCGCAGGAGGAGUUGGGCCCAGCAACAUGCCGACAACCUCAAGUCAUGUACCACAGUUUCCCAGCUCACAGGUCAGUGGUGCGGGCGUCACUGGCGAGAAGCCAAGUUCGGGGAGGCCGUUGAGGCAGAUUGUGAUCGAGGAAGCCGACAGUGUGAUCAAAAUGAAUAAGCGGACCAGCCGGUUUCUCGACCGGUUUCUGAUAUGCACCAACCAGCCGUUCAACUUGGUGGAGGACGUCUACUUCCUCGAGUUCCUCCAGGCCGUGAGGACGGCCCAUCCGACAUGGAUGCCCUGCAGAAGGGACGAGCAGCAAACAAAGAGGUUGGGCGCAAAGUAUGCACGGGUAGGGGCGGAGGUCCAUGCGAUGAUAAUGAAAUGGAAGAAGACGGAGCGUAUGUUGCAGAUGGACGAGUGGUCGGACCGCCGCAACAAACCGCAUUUGAAUGUGAUGGUGUCCUCGCCCGCCGGUACCGUGUUCUGGAACUCCGUCUGCAUGGAGGGCAAGGAGAAGGAUUCUGCAACGUAUUUUCGAGUGUUGGACGAGGUGAUUGAGGAAAUCGGGGUGGAUGCAAUCGUUGGCGUUGUCAUGGACAAGGCGAGUGUGUGUGUGAAGGCAGGGAAGAUGGUGAAGGCCGCCUAUCCGACCAUCUUCAGUGUCGGUUGUACGACACAUGCGCUGGACCUGGCGCUGGAGGACAUGUACAAGGAGAUGCCUUGGAUGGCGCAGGUCGUCGACGCCAACAACAAGGUUAGCCGCUUUUUCUCGAAUGUGGACAAGGCAAGGGCUUUGUUCCACCAUUACUCCCCGAAGACAAAGUUGAAGCGGCCAGCAACAACCAGAUUCGCAACCAACUUCGAGAUGCUGCAGUCGCUGAAGGAAUUGCGGAAUGCUCUUGAUCGUUGCAUGUGCAAUGCGGGAUGGGUGGACAAGAUGGUGAGGAAUGACCAGUUACUGGCAAUGCACGAGCCAGUGGUGGAGCUGCUCCGUUUGGUGGAUGGGCAAGGAACAAUCAUCUCGAAGGUUUACUUCAAGAUGGAUCGGGUUGUGCAGGACCUGCGUGCCCUGGAAUGCUUGUCAGAGGAGGACCACGAGGCAGUGGAGCGCAUCCUCAUGCAUCGCUGGGCAUUUUUGACAAGCGAGCUACAUUGCGUUGCAACCUUUCUGGAUCCUGAGCAUUGGAUGCACAACACAGAUCACGACCCGGAGGCAAGCUCCUCUGCCGCCUGCGAGCGGAAUUGGAGCUUGCAUGAGCUAAUCUAUGGAAGGAGGCGGACGAAGUUGCUGCGAGAGAGGAAGGCAAAACUCGUGUACAUCAGCUGGAAUGUUCGGCUCCUGAGGAGGAUUCAGAGCGGCGAGGGAGAUGACACCCACAUCCCGUGGGCGGACGACGUGCCGGUGGACAAGGAGAUGGAGGAGUGGUAUGUGCGGUGGUUGGAGCGGGUCAAUAAGGAUGUCGACUGCGAGGAGGUUGUGGAGGUCGACUUCGAUGAUGACAGAGACGAGAUCCCGAUGCGGAGGACUUUCGUGCGCAAUGACGAAGUUGACGACAGGCUGAUCAAGGAGGAGGAGACUAAACUUGUUGGUACAAGGCAGCGCGACUGGCACGAGUGCACAAAGCUUGGGAAGUACCGCGAGCAAGAGUUGCGCAGGAGAUCUGGUUGUCAGUUGCCCGAGCCUAGAGAGUUGUACACAGAGGCGGGCUACGCUCUCGCAAUGGAAGCGAGACGGGCACGCACGUGGGUGCAAGGCUGGGACGAGGCGCCAAGAAAAAAGAGUGGGAAAGGCAAGGGCAAACAAACGGUGGUGGAUGAUGAUCCGCCCGCGCAGAGUCGGAAGAGGAAGGCUGUUCAGCAAGAACAGCCGCCACCGAAGAGGGGUCGUCCAACUUUGGCAGAACAGGCGGCACGCAAGGCGCAGGGGGCUGAAGACAAGGUUGUUGCUGCAGCUGCUGCAGCAAAAGCUACUGUUGACAGAGCCGCAAAGGCCAAAGCCAGAGCGACAACGAAAGCUGCCACAAAGAGCGCAGGUGGAGGGAAGGCCAAGAAGUCAGUCGUUGUAAGUGACGACGACGACUUGGAUGUCCUGGAACGAAGUCCGGAAGAGGACGAACCCGAAGGCUCGUCCACAUCCAGCGACUCAAGUUCUUAAUUGGCGGCCUCAUCAUCUCAGCCCAGCGGGAGGGAAGGCACAGACGGAGAAGGAAGUGAGGGAGGGGCCCAGUUCGAGGACGACGAUGAGGAAGAUCGAGCAAAGGCUGAGUAGAGGGAAGCCGUUCGAUCUACGAGUUUAGGUAUUCGAUGCUCCAAGUGCAGUGUUCUGACAAUGGUCGUCUUUCAUACUUUCAGACAUUAAACUUCGUAGUUCCGAGUUUCAAACUC